AUGCUUGAUUAUACUUCUUUUCUUUACUCUCAUUUCAGGAAUCCUCUGGUGACAGCUUUUCAUCUCCUUUUCCGUGUUGCAGCCAUUCUUGCUUAUCUUCUGUGCGGGCUGCUCAGUGAUAGUUUUAUCACAAACUUUGUGGUCAUUGUUCUGCUGUUGUCUUUUGAUUUUUGGACUGUCAAAAAUGUAACUGGCCGUUUAUUAGUAGGUCUUAGGUGGUGGAACUACAUUGAUGAAGAUGGGAACAGUCACUGGGUGUUUGAGUCUAAAAAGGUAUGAAAUUAAAAUAUUUUUCAGGUCAGUACAGGGCAGUGCCACCAAUAUUUCUUGCCAAUUCAUAGUCCAAUGCACAGAGGCAUUCUCUAAAAAGGGUCUGAUCUUGUUGAAAGCAUAGUGGGAUAGGUUUGAACUGGGAAUGUGUUACCCAGGUCUUGAAAUGUGCACAUUCAUUUUGCAAAAAAAAAAUUGAAAACCUGCUGAUUCCCCAUUCUAGAAAUUUAGAGGACAACUUUCAAUACCUCAUCCUAGAGUUUUCUCAUUCUAUUUAGCUUUCAUGCCUGUGAAAAUGAAAUCUCUAGCUUCAGCAUCAGCUUGGUAAGAACAAGCUCCUGACAUUUUGCCAAAAAAACAAGGUGGAAGAACCAGCUCAAGUUUUGUUAAGAUUCCCCAGGUCUUGAAAUGUGCACACUGAUUUUGCAAAAAAAAAAAUUGAAAACCUACUGAUUCCCCAUUCUAGAAAUUUAGAGGACAACUUUCAAUACCUAAUCCUAGAGUUUUCUCAUUCUAUUUAGCUUUCAUGCCUGUGAAAAUGAAAUCUCUAGCUUCAGUAUCAUGUUGGUAAGAACAAGCUCCUGAUAUUUUGCCAAAAAAACAAGGUGGAAGAACCAGCUCAAGUUUUGUUAAGAUUCCCCCAACCUGGUAGCAACAGCUGAGAAUUUGGCUCUUUGGUAGCCAAGUUUUCCAUUAGUUUAAAACAAAAGUUUUUAAACUUGUGUUUGUGCUUUCAUCAGUGUUUGUUUUCACUUUAGACAAGACUUCAACUCCUUCCAGGCUUAAGUUGGGAUACCUUCACGGCUGUGAUCUAGCAGUGCCCAGUAGCCCCUGGUGCUGAAAUUUUACUCCUGGGCGACUAAAAAAUCUUAGGCUUUUUUUGUAGAAAUCAGAUGCUGGGGACCCUGGAUUUCAGAGGUUCCGAGCACAGGCCUCCCUUCAGUUUUUCUUAGGGCACAACAGUGACUUGAUUUGAUAUGACUUGUUUCCCAACAGAAUGAUAAAAGUGUGACAACUGCUGAAUCUCGUGUUUUCUGGCUGGGUCUGGUCAUUUGUCCUCUCAUUUGGAUGCUCUUUUUAGUGGCUGCAUUGUUUUCACUGAAAUUUAAGUGGUUGGUAAGUUUAUUUUGACCGCGUUUAUUAAAAUGUGAUACAUAAAUAUGGAAGUGAAUUAAACGGAGCUUACUAAUCAAAAUUAGUACUGUUGAAGCUUUCUUAUGCAAUACACUUGUACCAGAAAGCUUAUGGACAAAAUCCUGCUUUGACUCACUGCUUGUAAAACACUCUGUUACAAUAAGCAACAUUUUCAGUCAUGGACACUUUUUUUCUUUUUCCUAAGGGUGUCUGCUUAGGGGCUGACCAUUUGACUUUUGAGUGGGUAUGGGUGAUUUCAGGAAAAAAUAUCCUGCAGACUGAUUUUGAGGGAAAAAAAUUCUUGCAAGGAAGUACCUGGUGAAAAAAAUAUCUUUCAAGGUGUACAAAGCUGAAAAAAUAAAUCUUACACCAUUGUAUGCCAGGAAAAAAUUCUAUCACCAGAGGUUUGGGGGAAAAAAUUCUUACCAAAACCAAAUCACCCAUACCCCCCCUCAAAAGUCAAAUGGUCGGUGUCUUAAGGGAGCUUUGACCAUAACGCACCUUAGAAUCUUUCAUGUAUUUCAACUUGUUAGUAUUAGAAGCUUUUUUCACAGGGUUUCACUGUUUCCUACAGUAGGUAACAGUUCUCGUAAUUACCCUCAAAAUAUUGUCUGACAACAGUUUUGUAUCAUUAGCAGAAAGUUGUCUGUAGGCUUGUACAGUUUGGGGCACAGAUUUUACAUGUUUACAUGAGGUUUGCUUGGAAUCUGAGGGCGGGUUGGGGUUGCUUAACCCAGAGUAGGGGAGUUCUAGCCAAAACCUAGCACACAUUUUUUGCUAAUCCUCAGCACAUUCACCGUUAUCCUUGUUUGUCUGCUGAAGCCAAAGUUUAAGAGACUUUUAUAGAGGACAAAAUGUAAUAUGUUGAUUACAUACAAGGUUUCUGGUCAUACCAACUCCACAUAGACUGCCUUGGGAAUAUUUUUCACUCCCACACUUACAGCAAGCAUCAAGAAAUAAUUUUCACAUGCCUUGCCAAUUGUGCUCGGUGAAUAUAAUAAUAUUGAUAAAUUUACUUGGCCCAAGUUCUAAUUCAUUUUUAACAAGGAAGCAUGACAAACAUUGUACUCUAAAUGUUGUUAAUAAAUCUGAUUGUUUAGCUUUAUAGUGCAUGUUAGUCCACUGGGGAUAGAAUACAAUUUUGUGCUUACCCACUGUGAACUUUAGCAUGCCCUGGGAGUCAAGCUUUUCUGAGGCCUUGUUAAAGAUAAGAAAAUAAACAGUGAAGCUUUUCUAAGGCUUUGUAAGAGAUAAGACUUGAAAAUCAAAUUACAAAAGCUCCAUAAAAUGAGCCCUUCUCAGAAUCACUUACAGUACAAACCAGGACACUUGUAAGAAGAUUGUUCAAUCACAACAUUUUCUAAAAAAAGAUUCUCAAGUAUUAUUGGCAAACCGACCAACAAAAUUCAUUGAUUGGAGGGCUGUUUCCUGAGAGGUCAGGUAAGUUCAACCAGUUUAAAAGUUUGUAAUGGUUACAUAGUUGAAUCUUGAAUUUUAUUUGUCAGUUUGCAAAACACUUGAGAAUCUUUUGUUUUCAGAAAAUGUUGUAAUUGGACAAUCUUCUUCCAAGCCUCCUUGUUUGAGUGUGUUAUCGAAGGUAACACUCUGAACUGAUUUUUUUCUAAGUUAGUGGUUGCUGUUGGUCUCACCCUUAAUAUUGCAAACCUCAUUGGUUACAUCCGCUGCAAGAAAGAUGCAGGGAAAAAGAUUACCACUUUUGCUGGUAAUUUCCUCGGAAGACAACUCCUCAAUCAGGUAUUUUCAUAGAGAUUUAAAUUUGAUCAAGGUAUCUUCAGUAGGUUAUAUUUCUGAUUAGGUAUGGUCUGUAAAUUCACAUAAUCAUACAUAAUAAUCCCUCUCAAUUAUUGAAAGAGGAUGACAGACUAUUAACAAUAAUUAUUGUUGAAGUUACAGUUUUUGUGGCUUCUGCAAAUACCAGUCAUAACUGUUCAUUGGUAGGAUAUGUAAAAUGUAUACAGUUUCAAAAUAAAGUAAUUAUUGUCAACUGUCAAUUUUUACAAGUAAAUAUAUUAUGAGGAGCAAAUUAAAUAAUAGUAUUAUAUAGGAUGAUGACUUCAAUGCACUUUAGUUGUAUGCAAUCUCUUGCCUAAUCCAUAACAAACAAAAGCAAUGAACCCUUUAACUAUCAACACCCUUACUGGUAAAAUGUCUGUAUCUGUGACAUAGUGCCAUUGUUUGAAAGUAAAAUGUUGUAACUCAAGUGAAGCCUUGAACUGCUGUAAGAUAAUAUUAAAAUAAUAUUAAAAGUUAAAAUCUGAGCUUUUGCCAAAGAACAGCAUCAACACGUAUUCUGCAUGGAGCUAUAUAUAUAAAAAUGUAAAGUAAAAUGUGUAAAAAGUGUGACAAUCGGGUGUAAGGAGUACAAAAUACAAAUGUCACUGUCUAUUUGCUUGUAUUUAGAGUAAAUAACUCUUUAGAAAAUUAUUUGCAAGUCCAUUGAACUGAGCACUAUGGCUAAUUCUUUUCUUUCUCACAUCUAUGUGGUAUGGCUGCUCUAUUAUUUCACUUUAGCAGGUAAAUCCUCCUCGUCGCCGUCAACUUCCUGGACAAUUCUAUGUACAAACAUCUUCUAACUCUCUUCCUCGAGUUUUGUAA